CUAAUCUUCUCUCCAUGCAUUUUCAACCAGCGUUCCUCAUUCUUCACCUCAUUAGUCACAUAUCAUGACUAACUCAACCGAUCUUUCGGACUAUUGCACUUUAGAAAUCUGUCCCAUCACAGAGGCGUAUGUUUACCAUAUCCCAUCAUUGGCCGGUAAUACUUUCUACUUGACUUUGUUUGCCAUGCUACUAGCUGCUCAACUGGUUUUGACUGUGCGCUACCGGACUUGGGGCUACUUAGCUGGUCUUUUUGGGGGCCUCGUCCUGGAGAUUAUUAAGUAUAUCAGACAUAUACAAUUACAUUCCAACCCCUUCCGCUUCAACCCGUACUUGGAAUACCUAAUCUGUUUGACUAUUGGACCAGCCUUUCUCAGUGCCUUUAUCUAUAUCUACUUAGGCCGCAUCGUGAUUGUCUAUGGCGAGGGAAUCUCUUAUCUCCGUUCCAAGACAGAUACAAUUGUCUUUAUAGCCUGUGAUCUAGUCUCGCUUAUUCUGCAAGCAGCAGGCGGUGCUAUUACCUCAGAUGGCAUCAACAUUAUGAUCGCCGGGCUGGCGAGCCAGGUAGCGUCCCUUAUUCUCUUCAUGGCCCUCUGUCUUAACUACGCAUGGCGAGUAUAUAAGAGCCCCCAUGCCCUGAACCCGGAGACGCGUAUGCGUGAUCUUCGCCAUACCCUUCGCUGGAAAGCCUUCCUAGCCGGUCUGGCCCUUGCCACCGUGACCAUUUUCGUGCGAUCAGUCUUCCGAGUUGCGGAGCUCAAAGGGGGGUUCCAUAGUUCAUUAGCCAACAACCAAGUGCUCUUCUUGACUCUCGAGGGGGCGAUGGUUGCUAUCGCGGUUAUCGCGCUGACUACUAAAUGGUCUUUUCGUCGGUCCCGGGACAGUGAGAUGCAAUUGAUCAAGGUCAACGCCGGCCAUGAGGCGAAGGCUCAGCGGGUUGACUCGGGUAUGAGCUGA